AUGGACCCGCCAAACUGCGACCAAAAACACGAUGAAAUAAGCUCCCUUACCAAACAUCUCAAAGACGUCAACGUCUUCGAAAAGCAGAAACUACCGUCCAUGAUCCAUGGCAGAAAGGCCAGCACGUACCUUCGUGUAUUUCAAGACGACGAAAACGGAUGCAAGAAGAGUGAAACGGAGGGCCAGGGCUCGGGGGAUGGUGAGUUUCGAGAUGAUCAGGACCAUGAACUGCAUCAUUCAUCAAAACAUAACCACGGCCACCAUCAUUUGGGCUGGAGAAUGCAUAUCUUCGAUAGAAGAGCAGACAGAGCACGCCCGAUUUUGCCCCGCAGAAGGCAUUCAUCGUCAGCUUACGACGUUCUGCCACGCUUCAGACACACUGCGUUGCGAGACAAGUUUUCCAUGCCAAUACACGGGCGAAAAUCAAACCGUUCGUCGCCCAAAGAUCCCGUUAAGAGCUCCUAUCGCAGAAUGGCCAGCAAUGUACCCACAGAGGAGACAACACAGUGGCAUCAGCAGCAGCAGCCGAUCACUAUUCAUGAAUCGGUGCCGCUGGAGUCGGUACCGCUGUCGCUGCCAACGAAGGCUGUGGAAGCAUGCUUAGAACCAGAGAUACGCGACGGGCUUCUACCUAUCAAGCCCAUUUCAUCGGCCACGUACUACCCCCAUCAGUCCAAGUCUGACGCUGCAGUCGAUGGGCCCAACGUGGAACCUUUGGCAAAUUCAGCACCCUCGGUCCCGCAGACGACAACAGCAGAAAUCAGCAUAUCCCCAAAGAAGGCGUCAAACACAGAUGCCGAUCUGCAGACGGAGCUUGAAAACACUACCGUGGUCGUUUCACAACAAGAGAAGCGAGACGAGGACGAAGAUGUCGACGAUGAAGUGUAUCCUUUAGCAGUCGAAUUGCAGCCGUUCACAAACAAAGUCGGAGGACACACAGCAAUAUUCAGAUUCUCUGAAAGAGCGGUGUGUAAAGUUCUUGUAAGUAGGGAAAACAUGUGGUACGAAAACAUCGAACAGCAACACCAAGAGCUUUUGAGCUUCAUACCUCGCUACAUUGGCGUCCUGAACGUGAGACAGCACUUCAACUCUAAAGAAGAAUUUCAAAGCGAAAUCGAACGAGAAAAACGGGCCAAGUUGGCCAAGAAACAGCAGAAAAUGGAUAUGAUAGCAGGUAAAAUUCCUAAACUCCAGAAUCCUACUCAUAACAGCCCUCCCAUGGAGUUGAAAAAUCCAGAGGUUCUACUAGAUGACAAUAAACACAUCAUUCCAGACUCAUUGUGGUACAAAUAUUCACAUUCACCAGAAUCAGCACCGAGUGAUUCGUAUAUCUCAUCGCACAGUUAUGAACAUGGCGGCUCGAAGCACAUCGACUCUGGAUCGACUGUAGUCAACACCAAGCUACAAGAACUUGUUUUAAAAGAGGUCUUUGCUCCUGCAAAGCGGAAAUUACACACUCGGAACUCUUCACUAGAAAAGAUGAGCAGUAAACACAGCCCCUCGACAACCGAUCUACUUGAAUUGAGCAAAAACAUCAGACGGAACUCACAUGAAGGGAAAGGCAUUGGUAUUGGAAGUUCUUCUGCUUUAUUCCCGCGCUCCACAAAGACCAAUUUGGCAAAGGGUAUUGACUCGCAUAGCUCUGUUCUAGACCUCAAACAGUUUCAUCUACGUAAUAUGGCGCAGAUCGAUGCUGACAAUCACGAAUCUACCGAGGGCGUCAUGUCGCAUGACGAGGAACUUCAAGCAUCAGGCUCUUUGCGCGGCGAACUCGAAGGCAUCACGGAGGGGGAUGAUGGAAUCUUUACGAUGGAAGAGGAUAUGCCGCGCUCAAAGGAUGCUGCUAAUCAUGAAUCAGUUUCGUUCGAAGAGAAUUCUCAUACAAUCGUGUCAAAGUUCAUUCUGUUGGAAGAUCUGACUAGAAAAUUGGAUAAACCCUGUGUCUUGGAUCUUAAAAUGGGCACACGGCAGUACGGAGUUGAUGCCGAUAAGUUCAAGCACUUAUCGCAGAGUAAGAAGUGUCGCCGAACUACGUCACGGAAACUUGGCGUGAGAAUAUGUGGCUUGAAAAUAUGGAACCAGGACUACUACAUUAAGCGAGACAAGUAUUUUGGACGGCGCGUUCAUAUUGGCUGGCAGUUUGCUCGUGUUUUCGCCAGAUUUCUGUACAACGGGAAAGACGUUUCCAGCAUCAUAAGACAAAUACCACAGCUAAUGACACAGCUGGAUAGGCUUCAUGCCGAGAUAAUGAAAUUGAAAGGGUAUCGCCUCUAUGGCUCAUCCCUACUGUUCAUUUACGAUGGGAACAAUCCUGACGCCAAAAAAUGUGACGCCAAGGUCAAUCUCAUCGACUUCGCUCAGUGUGUGACUCGCGACGACAUAAUCAGGAGUUACGACACCUUUCGCAUACCACCCAAGUCACCAGAGGCAGAAGACCGCGGUUUUUUACGAGGAGUGCGCAGCUUAAAGUUUUACCUACAAUGCAUAUGGAAUCAUUUGACCAAUGACAGCCCUUUGCUCUUCGGCGACAAGUUAGAUUCAUACAUGAGUGAGAACGGAGAGACUCUCAGCAAACCUUGGGACUGGUUAGAUAGUUUUGACCAGGAGCCAGAGCAGGAAUUCGAUGAUCCCGAAAGCGAUCUUCGCAAAAAAUGGCGUAAGUACGAGUUGAUAUUCGACGUUGAGCCUCGUCACACCGAGGACUCUGAUAUAAGUGAAUAG